AUGUCACAGAAAUCGUCCUCGUUUUAUAAAGAAGUCGACACGUUUUUAAGUACGGAACCGGAAAAUAAACUGAUAUGCGUUCAUUGCGUUCACGGGGUUAACCGUACCGGAUACUACAUAUGUCGGUACAUGAUAGAAAAACUUAAAUUUACACCAGAAGACGCGAUCAAAGGUAAAUAA